ACUAUUCGAACUGUUAAGAUGAGGUCUACUUUUUCUGUGAUCUGUCUGUUGAUUAUUGUGUUGAGCUCCAAUGGGGUCUAUGGCUAUAUGACAAAAGGAAAUUUCUCGAAUCCUGCAUAUCCGGGAAAAUGUGUGUACAAUGCCGAUACAAUCUUAAAUGAGGGCCAAGCUAUAACGCUUAAAUUAAAGUGUGAAAAGAUCUUUUGUGGUCCUGGCGGCUGGUUAACAUUGCUUGGCUGUGGUGCUAAAUCAGUGAGUGGGGGAGGAUGUUAUAUUGGUGAAAGGAAGUAUCCUGAUGCUGAAUAUCCUGAAUGUUGCAUCAAUGUGGUACACUGCACCGAUCCCAAUGAUGAUUCCGAAAUGUAAUUGAUCAAUUUUUUAUUUUUAUUUUUAAAAAUUGCAACAAUUUUUUCAAAAGUUUUGCUUUAUACAGCACAUUAGCUUUUGUUUAGGAUAAACUCAUAUAAAAUAAAAUAACGAAAGAGGUACAUUGGGAGGCAAUUAAAAAUUGCAAGCUGAAAAAUGUUAA